CGCUAUGCUACAUCCCAAAAUACCAAUACAAUUAUUUCAUUUGCAAGCAUAUUUUGCACUGUAUCUCUGUGCCCUUAUGCAGCCAGCAUUGCAUAUGACCUGAACUACUUCCCCAAGUUCAUCUAUAGCCUUCCUGAUGACACAGGACAUGGACACAGCUAGUCUGUAUUUUGUGCCUGGUGCAGUCGGGCAUUUAUAGUCGCAGGCAGGUGUCUUUGCACAGCUUACCCUUUCAUUAGCAGGAGCUGAAGUACACCAGAGACUCCUCUGUGUGACUGCUCACCCACUGCCAACACCCUCCAGUGAUGGCUGAAAAACAUCCUUAGGACUUACUAAAAGAAACAGAAGUGAAGGGAAAAUGAAAUUCAGGAUUCCAAGCACAAAAGCCUGAUUCUUCAAAAUCCAACCAUCGCGUUUUACCGGUUCAGCAAGCUGUUGUCCCACGCUGCCCAGUAGAGAUUUGAAAAGGAGACAGCUCUCAGAGGACAGAGAUGGCACAGAAUCAGAUGCUUCAGCUCAACAUGCUACAUCUGUGAGGAGCAAGACAUCUGCAACAGAAGGCUAAAGGGGGAAGAAAGCUGGUGUAAGAAUUUAGGGCUAUUCCUAUUUUUCAAGGAUCUGUACAUAAAGGAAUCAGAGAACAGUCACUGUUGCCAAACGAAUCCUAGACAGAAUUAUACUUCUUUCCCCAGGGCAUCAUGUGUAAUGACAUGAUUCAGUACCUUUUGCAUUUGAUUUUAAAGGUAGGCUUUGGUGCCCCCCUUCUCUUCUGAAUGCCCAAACACACCUUUUUCUUUUAAACCAGCAUGUACUUGUGUAAUCUUUGUACAUGAAGGUCCCGUGUAAUUUGUAAAUAAGCACAAUUUCCAUUCUGAGCCCCCA